AUGGCAGCUGGCGUCGUGGUGAACGCCCACAACAGCAACGACGAUGACGUCCCCACCGAAGGCUCGCGCACGUACGCUAUCAUCGUGUGCGUCUUCGCCGCGCUCGGUGGUCUUUUCUUCGGAUACGACCAAGGUGUGACGUCGGGUGUUCUCAUCAUGGACUCGUUCAUCUACGACUAUUGUGUCGGCUGGCACAAUUUCACCUACGAGCAGUGUACCACUUCCACUUCCCAACUGCCACACGAAUGGACGGACUUCACUGUGUGGCACAACAUGACGUACAACCUCGGUUGUCUCGGUGGGGCCUUCAUCGGCGGAUUUGUCGCGGACAAGCUCGGCCCACAAGAACACAGCCUCAUGUAUAUCGCACGUGUGGUUCAAGGCUUUGGGGUGGGUAACUCGUCGUUCUCAUUGCCUCUCUUUGGCGCAGAAGUGGCGCCGAAGGAGCUGCGUGGCCUGCUCUCUGGUUUCAUGCAGAUGACUGUUGUGACGGGUCUCUUCUUGGCCAACGCUGUCAACAUCAUCGUAGAGAACCAUGAUCGUGGUUGGCGUACGACCAACGGCGUGGCCAUGGCAGCUCCGCUAGUUGUUAUGCUCGGCACCUUCUUCGUGCCGGAGAGUCCUCGCUGGACGUAUCUACAUAAGGGCAAUGAGGAGGCAGAGCGCGUGCUCAAGCGUCUCCGUCAGACGGACAACGUCGGCCACGAACUUCAGGUGAUCGGUGACCAAGUCGACGAGGAAUUGGCGGCCCAGAAGGGGUUUGCUGAAUUACUCGAGCCAUCGAUUUUCAAACGUGUAGCCAUUGCAAUGAUGCUCCAGGUGCUACAGCAAGCCACGGGUAUCAACCCCAUCAUGAGCUACGGCAGUCUCAUUUUCCAAGACAUCACUAAUGCCGGUAUCUACUCGGCUUUCUUCAUCUCCGGUGUUAACUUUCUGAGCACCAUCCCGGCCAUGCGCUGGGUGGACACUACGGGACGACGCAAGCUGCUACUUAUCGGUGCCGUCGAAAUGGUCACAGGCCACUUGUUCGCUGCUAUCCUGUUCACUGCGAUCUGUGACGGCACCGUCGACGAUGCAGGCUGCCCCAAGGUUGGUGGCUGGUUCAUUUGCCUUGGCUCUGCCUUCUUCGUGUUCAACUUCGCUAUCUCGUGGGGCCCCGUGUGCUGGAUCUACCCGGCCGAGAUAUUCCCGUUGAGCAUGCGUGCAACUGGCGGGGUAAAGCUCUUUCCUCAUCUGAACAUCAACGGCGUCUUCUUUUUGUUUGCUGGGCUGUGCUGCAUCUGCGGCGUCUUCGUGUACUUCUUUUGUCCAGAGACCAAGGGCAUCAUGCUCGAAGACAUCGAGGAACUGUUUCAUAGUGGAAACCCCAAGUCGUCCCACUUCGUUGAGGUUAAAUCCCCAGACUCAACUUCAGAUGUUGCUUUUGUUUAA